CUCUGCGCUCAGCCCUAACCGGAAACAGGAAGUGGUCUGGGGGUAAACUCCAAUCCGAGCUCGGAACGUUUGGUUGUUUUUAAUGACUCCGUGACGCGUGUUGUUGUUUUUGUUGGUUUGUUUUUGUUUUGAAGAUAAAAACAGACAAGAUGGCGACCACCAUCAGCACCCAGAGAGGACAGGUGUAUGUGGGAGAACUUCCUCAGGACUUCCUGAGGAUCACCUCCACCCAGCAGCAGCAGCAGGUCCAGCUGGACGCCCAGGCGGCCCGGCAGCUGCAGUACGGAGGCUCCAUCGCCACCAUGGGUCGACUCAGCAUCACUGUGGUCCAGGCCAAACUGGCUAAAAACUAUGGGAUGACCCGGAUGGAUCCGUACUGUCGGAUCAGGCUGGGCUACGCAGUCUAUGAGACCCCAACAGCUCAUAACGGAGCCAAGAACCCACGAUGGAACAAAGUGAUCCAGUGUACGGUUCCCCCAGGAGUGGACUCCUUCUACCUGGAGAUCUUUGAUGAGAGAGCGUUCUCCAUGGACGACAGGAUCGCCUGGACCCAUGUGACCAUCCCAGAGGGUCUGAGGGACGGCAACGUGGUGGACGAGUGGUACAGCCUCAGUGGUCGUCAGGGCGACGAUAAGGAGGGCAUGAUCAACCUGGUGAUGUCAUUUACUUCGUUACCUGCUGCUGUGAUGAGUCAGCCUGUGGUUCUCAUGCCCUCUGUGUACCAGGAAGGAGUCGGCUACGUUCCCAUCACAGGUGUCCCUGGAGUCUACAACCAGGGUGUAGUACCGAUGGCCGUACCACCCAACAUGCCAGUGAUGGGGGGCCAGGGCCCCGCCUGCAGCGAGGAGGACCUGAAGGCUCUGCAGGACAUGUUCCCAAACCUGGACCCUGAGGUGGUCCGUACGGUUCUGGAGGCCCAGCAGGGCAACAAGGACACUGCAAUCAACUCUCUGCUGCAGAUGGCUGAGGAGGUCUGAGAGCAGAACACGCCAACAACAUGUCAACAUGUCAACAAACCAACAUGUCAACAAGUCAACAUGUCAACAAGUCAACAUGUCAACGAGUCAAC